CGUGUACAAUCUUCCAGUAGUUCUCCCACAAUCACUCAUUAAGUAAUAAACUACUUAACUAGUAAUUAAAGCGUCUAGUAAUUAUUGUUGCACCACAUUGAUUGCUUACUUUUACUAUUUUGAACUCGAUGUAAACGAUUCAAAGUUUAAAGUAAAGCUACUCAAACCUGGACAGCAGCCCACCACAUCACCACCACAGGUAAAACUAUGUUACUAUGUACUAUGUUGAUAUGUUGUAUAGUAUAAAUAAACACAUUUUUUUUUCUAAACAUUAGUAGGGCCUAAAUGAUUAAAAAUAAUAAUUUGAUAUCUACCCUUAAUCACAGGCCCCGCCUAGUUCUAGGCCACUUUUACCUCCUACUCCUAGUCCUAGUCCUACAUUAGUUGCACUGACUAUUAGUAAUAGUAUUAGUCCUAUUACUAAUUACUAUUACUAGUAUUAUUAGUAUUAGUGGUAUUGCUACUGACAAUGAGCAUUUACUGUAUUGCUAUUACUACUAUUACUAACUAGUACUAUUAUUAGUAUUAGUUAUUAUAUUCAGUGAAAUUGAUUUGUCAAUAAAAUAAGACUUAUUUUAUUUAAAAGUAUGGCUACACACUUAUAGUAUAGUAGUUAUAAUAUAGACUACUUAAUUCAAUACUUGACAAAUAGAGUGUAAUGUUUAUUUUAUUCUUUUUAAAUUUAUUAGUAUUAGUGCUGUCUAAACUGUAUAAAUAAGACUAGGCCUAGGCCAAUCAUCUAAAAAAACUAGAGUGUAGGUGAUGAUAAGUUAAUAAGUGGGUGAGAGACUGCAAAAUCAGGUUUAGUUCGUCCACAGUUGGAAGGAAAUAUGUGAAACAACAUAUGGGGAAACCUGAAAAAAGGAUAUAACAAAGAAACGAACACUUCGGCUUGAAGGUCUUCAGCAAACAAAGAAAAGCUACCACAAAUUGAAAUCCAAAAAUAAAAACUUAAAUGAAAUGUUUUAUCAAUGGGUACAACAAGAGGAAUGUUGUAGAUCACAGUUGUCCAGCCAGUGUGCAGCCCAGGACAGCUAUGAAUCUAUGAAUGCUGUCCAAAACAUGAUGUGUAAACUUAGAAACUUUAUGAGACUGCAACUAAGAAUAACAUAAAACCUUACAAAUCAUAUGUGUUACUGUUGUUCCCCACUGUUAUACCCAGUGAAACACACUUUGUAUAACUCAUAUGCCUUGGACAUUUUAUGGACUAUACAUUAAAGCGAUUUUAUUUUUCCAUUGUGAAUAUAUCUGACAUAGUUCCCGAUGGUGCUCUGAUGAUGUUAGGUAAAAGAUUUGGACUUAUAAAAUUAAAAGAAGACGAUAGAAUGGUCUUCUAAAACGUAUGUAUUAUGAAAAAUAACUGCAUUGCUCACCAAGAACAUUUUUGGGCAAAAGCUUUAAAGGAAAAUGUCAUGCAGAGUGUCAUCAAGGCCAUAAAUUUCAUAAGGGCAAAGGAAUUAAAUCAUUGCCAAUUCCAGGAAUUCCUUAAAUUAAUGUAUUCUUACUACAGGGAAAUCCUUAACUUUUAAGGAGUAAGAUGGUUAUAGAGGUAGAAUAUUGAAAAGUUUGUACAAAAACACAUUUUUUUUCCUGAAUUUCACAAUGAAAACAUGUUAACAGAUUUAACAUUUUUAGUUGACUUGACUGCUCAUUUAAAUGAGUUAAACAAGCAUUUUCAAGGUGAAAGCCAACUGUUCAAUACAAUAUUUCAAAUUAUAACAGCAUUUGAAAUGAAACUGAAACUAUUGCAAUCUCAAAUUUAGGACAACACUUUAUGCAUUUUGUCACUUUUGCUAAUUUUGGCCUGGCGAACAAUGAAAAAUAAACAGCCUUGCUUUUCAAUUUGAUACAAGAAUUUUAAAACAGGUUUCAAGAUUUCCUGGAAAAUUCCUAACCCUAACUCCAUUUUCAGUCAAAAUAAGUAUAAUGCCAUCCAAUUUUCAAAUGAAAUGGAUGGCUUUAAAAUCUGACAUUUGACUUUUAAACAAAAAAAUUGAUAAUGUCUUUUAACUGGAUUUCUCUAAAGUUCCAAAAUCAGAGAAGCUCAUUAUCCUUGGGGACUUCGAUGCUAGAGCUGGUACAGACCAAUUUCGGCACAAAUAGAUUCCCCAUUCCCUCCCUAACCCCCCCCCCCCCCCCCCCCCCCCCCCCCCCNCCCCCCCCCCCCCCCAACACGUGUAAUUGUUUGAAAAAAAACACUGGUCGUAACUCAUGGGACAACCUGAGCCCCCAAAUGAUUUUCUUAACAUUACUAGAAUAGGUUUUACACAGUCAUAAGGGGGCCUGGACCUCAGUUGCUGUUAACAAUUCCCUGCCUAUGCUCUUCACCAUCAAGUUUUGUUAUGCACUGCCAUUCAUACCAAUCUUGCAUAAAAUGAGCUGUCAGCCUGGGUUUUUGGAAUGGAAAUCAAUUUAAGAUUUUUACUUAAAUAAUAAUCCAUCAACAUAAGUAAACUUAAUUCAUUCUCUCAAGACUCUCCACUAGGACAAAAUCAAUAGAAAAUUAACUAGUUGACAGGCAGCCUUAUGCAGUAUUAAUUUUUAAUCCUUUUUUUUUCCCCGCUCUAUUUUUUUAUUGCAAAAUAAAAAGCAGUAAGACAGAAGGGCAGACAUCUCCCUUUGGUACAGAAGUAAUGCUUUAGCAAAUGCUGACCUGUCAAGAACAGUAUGCCAGUGCGUCUACGUAGAAAGGCACUUCUGGCCUAUAUACUCUCGCUGAGCUCCUGCUGCUUUAUUUUAUGGUUUUUCAUGUUUAUAUCUUAUGACCAAAGCUUAUCGGUAAGUAGUUUCAAUUUAUCCUUAUAAAAGUAUCAAAUUUACAGAAACAUUAUUUGAAAUAGACUACAUGAUGUUGAAAAUUAUCAGGGUUGUGUCAGAGACUAAUAUAUUUUAGUAUCUUUUAGCUUUCAGGGUUUUGUUUAAUUUUACCAUUUGCAUUCAGAAAUAGUGAAUUUUAAAAUAAUACUUGAAAUCAUCCAUUGCAGAGAAGGGAUUACACCCUUUUUCUCUAAAAAUAAUGAUUUUUGUUGUUCUUAUGAUACAUCAUAAAUUAUUUUUGCCGUCUUCUUUAUUAAUAGAGCUUAUUUGGUUUUUCUAUGUAUAAAAAACUAGCUCACAAGAAAUUUGUGCUAUCAAUUAGUCCUUUUAUUUUAUUCAAUUUAUCAUCUGUGACUUAAAGCCACUGGGAAGAAUUGAUUUAACUGCAGAGGACAGAAUUAACUUUCCACAUGAGUUUGAAUACAAGCAUUCUUUCAAAAGUAGGACAUUUUUAAAUGUUAAUUAUUUUAUUUUUUUUAACAUUAAGAUGUAAGACUAUUCUCUUUUUAAAAAUGUACGGUUACUUGUCAUCCUAUGUACUUGCCAGACGGCUAUAAAAUGUUGAUCAUCAAAGUUGAAUAACCCUUUUAAAAAAAUGACAUUUCAUUUUAAAUACUAGUUUCUUGGCAGUCCUUCAUAUAAUCAAACAAAGCCUGUGUUAUUUUUUGUAACAGUUAGAGAAAACAUUCUGCCAGAUUGAGCAACAGAUUUGUAAAGCAAAAUUUUUUUUGGGGGAUAAUAAGUAAUUAUAAGUAAGGAUUUUAAAGUAUUGAAUUUUUUAUUGAGAUAAUUUAAAGAUUGUAAAGAGUUAUUGUUAUGAUAAUUUUUUAAAAAGUGUGUGGGGGUUCUUUUUACUUAACCUCAUUCUCAUUCUAUACAGUAAAUUAAUAAACCCACUAAUUUUAUUAUAUCUAUCACUAAUUUUAUUAUAUCUAUUGCUCUUUCAGGUUCCGAGUCAAGAGCCCACGAAAAAUCCACGGUAAUUUUAACAUAAAAUUUGUUGGGGAAAAAAAAGACCAUUCCCUUAGGAUAGUUCAUUCAACACGUUUGACCACUAUAUCUAUUGAGUUUUCUUUCAAUCCGAGCAAUUUUUGUCAUGUUUUAUUGAAACGUCUAAAUGUGUAAAUUGUAUUUUAAUUAAAGCAUUACUGUACUUUUUUUACUACCGGGCAACACACAUUUUUUUGGUCAUAUUAAUUAAUCUACUCAGGCCAAGUUAAUGUCACUACAGCUUGUCCAUGAACAAACUGAUAACAUGGCCUAACAUGACACAAAUCCUCUGUCCUGUUGAAAGCUGUUGAAACAUUUGAGCCUUUUGAAACCUUUGAACCUGUUGAAACCUUUGAGCCUGUUAACUGUGUAUUUUAGUUUAAUGACAGUGAAUGUAAACUAAAGGAACAAACACCACAAACCCUAGGCAUUUUACAUACAGUUCUAACACUGACACUGAUUCUAUGUUUCCUUCUCAAGGUAACCACCCGUGGUGUAGGUCUCAUCCCGAGUAAUGCCUUGCUGAGCUCUAUGCAGUGGAGUGAAGUUUCUGAGCUCUACCACAAGUAAGAGCAAUUAUUAGGUUAGAGCUUUAGAAAGAAUGAUUUGAUCUGCCAGUUUAUAUUAAGUAAAUGGCUGUGAAUAUAUUUUAUACACUAAGUAUUUUAUUGAAUAAAAUAAGUAUUUUAUGUUGCAGAGUUUUAUCAGAAUGAAAGUAUAUAGUUAUUAGAUUCAAAUUCAAACACCCAGACACACACAUAUCUUCUUCUUUUUCUUCUAUACUUUAAGGGCCCAUGAUCAAUGUAUUGAUCAUACUGGCUCCUAUUUAUGUAAAGGGGAUUUCAGGAUGUUUCUGUGCCUGGUAUUGAAAUGUGGGUUUGGAAGCUGGAGGCAAUAGACGCAAGUGUGUCAAGUGUUGUCGCCUCAAGUGUUCCUAUUUGAAUCUUGUUCCAGUCCCCGAUUGUCUUUGGCUGGAAUGAGCCAAUGUAGAAAGAACAUUAUCAGUGAAGUUGUGUCUAACAUUUAUUGAUAUUGACCGACAAUUGCAAAUAAGAUUAAAAAAUGCCCUCAUGAAUCAUCUGAUCAGAGCAGGCGAAGACUUUUUCAAGCUCAGCUCUAACAAACAACAAACAACCUACAAUAAAUGUACAUGACAUGUGAAUGAAUGAGGUAUUGACCAAAAAAUACUUUAUUGAUUUGGAUUCAACUCCACUUUUUGGCCACAGAUGGUGUUGUUGGACAAACUGUUAGCUCAUAAAAUAAAAAUCUCCAGUUAACCUUGUCUAUGGUAAAUUGACGUGGCGUGUGGCCCUUUGAUGAACAUUUUUUUUUGUUGCCGGAAUCAUUUCAUCAAACUGAUUUGUGGUCGUUGUUGUGACAGGGAUCGUAUUUUUGUUAUUUAAAUGUUUUUGGGGAGGUGUCUAACUAAUUCUUAAGUGUAGUACAUUUUAGGGUCCCUGGUUUCAGAGUAAUGGGCCCCACUUAAUUUGGCACUGAAGGUUGCAUAAACUCAUAUGUGUAUCUCUAUAGUAGUGAAAUGGCUGAGAAUGUGAACUGUAUGUAAUGCACAAAACUGUGUUAUUAGCCGAUAUGGAUUAUUUUAGUUAGGAAUAUCUGCUGCAUCAAAAAAGCUGUUUAUAAAUAUAAUUCAUCCUUGUAAUGAACAAGUUACAUCAUUUAAUGAAUUGCCAUCGAUGGCAGGAUAGGAUGAAUCCUAGGAAGAAAUGAUAUGAUGAAUCACAGGAUACAAAGAUAGUAUGAAUCUUUGGAUGCGAGGAUGGGAUGUACCUUUGGAUGCAAGGAUGGGAUGAAUGGUUGGAUGCAAGGAUAGAAUGUAUCUUAGGAUGCAAAGAUAGGAAGAAUCUUAGUUCUGUUUUCUUUCUUGUCAUUGUCAUCAAUUUUAAAUGUCUUUUAAUUAAUGCCUUUUUUCCUUUACCCUUUAACUAUUGUAAUCUACUUUCUUGUCAUGGAAAUCGAUACUGAAAAUAUCAUUAGAGUUAACAUCCUUUACUUGGGAAAAGAUCAAAUGUUGUUUAGAGGUUUAACUGGGGGGGGGUUUGUGUGUGUGUGUGGCACUGUGCCUAAUUUGAUUUUUCUUUUUCAAUACAAGAACCAUAUGCGCCACUAAAGAACUACAUCUUCUAUUUAAAAAACUGACAUUGAACAAGUGGGCUAGUUUACAACUAUCUACCACAACAGUCAGUCCCCCUUUCUAUAAUUGCAAUACAGUCAAAGUCACGAUACUUGUGUUAGAACAAGUUGACCUUAUUACUGGUUAAGAAGGGCAGGCGGGUGACAAUGAUUGAUCUGUUUUCAUUCCAUCAUUUGUCACAUUCUUUAUUUGAUUGCUAAUUAUCAGCGGUGUGAUGCCGGCCCCAGAAAUUUUGUCAGCUCCCUCCCCCUACGAAAAAAACACCAAUGUUUUUCCGAAAUAUGCUUCCACCUCCAUAUAAAUAAAAACAGUGCCGCCAGGGCGGACUGCCCCCUCAGCACCCCCAUUCACACCCCCCUUUCCUACACCACAGCUGAUAAUCUUUCCAUUGUUGUCCCCUCACCCACCACAACUGAUUUAACCAAACUGGCAUUUAAUAAUGUAAGCAUUGUGUACAGAAAUGUUAAUAUUUAAUAUUGUCAUUGACCAACAAGUUGACUGGCAGUUCACUUAUUCCUGACUGUGCUCUUCAUCACUGAUUUGUAUUCUUUGAAUAUUUUGUAUUUAUUAAUUUUUGUUUCAUCAUGUAACCAUGAUGAAAUAAUUUUUAACACAUUUGAUUCUUGUCAUUGUGUGGUCAAGAGAGUACUUAUGUGUGUCCAAGUCUCUUCACUAACUCACCUCUAUGGCUUGAAAUUUUUCUCUCCAUGUUCCUCUUUCAAAAAGGUGUGAAAAAUAUUAUAGCCGUCGAUUGCCUUUGAGGUAAGGGAGUAUAUGUCUUCUUUUAUCACCAUCUUACAUUUUAUUGGCUUCUAGGUGAGCUUUUCCCGAGGUUAUUGCCAUUAAGUACAGGUUUUAGCAAUAAUUGUGUACAGGGUCAUGACAGUUGUGUACUUGGCUCCUCUGAACAUGAUCAAUGCCUACCAAAAUUUCUCUCAAUGUAAUGAUUGUAUAACUCAAAGUCUAGCACAUACAUGUAGACCUAUGAGCUCAAAACCCUUUGCUGAACAUGCCCACCCAGAACAACUGUCAACAAAUAGAUAUACUCUCAACACACACACACACACACACACAAAAAGGCUGAAAUAGCGGCCAGAUUUUUUCAUUAAAUGAGUAUUUAAAUCAGUUAUUAUUUUUGCAUACAAUCAAUCUUUGAUUCUUUUUGUGAUGUGUGGAUAGGUUAUGAAACAUGAUGUGUGAUUGUGUGUGUGUGUUGAGUGUUGUCUGUAGUAGAAUCAUCAUGAUUAUUGGGCCAUUGAAUCUGUUUCUACUAGUAAAAGUUUGUAUUUUAUUAGCAUUGAUCUCCUGGUCUCUGUUUAUUGUUGUGAGACUGAAUCAGCAACAUUUUUUAUGAUAGUAGUCCCCUCAGUAGACAUGUGUCCUUCUGAAAGCUUCCAGCAUGGUAGAAUAAUAAAUAAAUGUUUAGAUUUACUGCAAAGAAGCAUUAAUAGUUGUAUUGCCAACUGAGCAUUCUCAAAGCUGCCUACUCAGCUAACUAUGUUGUUGAAUGAUUCCAAAAAGAGCUAAAGCCAUAUACUAGAGCAGUGGUUCCAAACUUUUUUGACUUGUGGAGCCCUUCUUAGAAUUAAUUUCUACGUGGGAGACCCUUAAGCCUAGCUUGUCUUACUAAUUAUUAUUGUUAAGGUUUUUCCCGGAGCUGGCUUGGAGCCACUGACAGGUGCAUGCAGAGCCCUUAGAGCGCCUUGGAGGUUGGGAACCACUGUACUAGAGUGAAAUAUUAAAUCCUUCCCAUUAUGUAUGUUUGUUUCAGGUACUUGAGUGCGAACCAAAUAGUUUGUCAAAAUGUCGAAAGACUUGGUCGUGUCACAGAUGGGGGAUGGGAUAUGUGUAAUGACAGUCAAUAUUCUCCCAAAGGCCAGUGUAUUGUGUACUCGUUUGGGUGAGUUAUUCAAUAAACCUUGACUUACCUCCUUCAAAUAGGUAUACUAAUCAUACUUUAUAUUUUUCAUUUAUAUAACUAUACAUUAGUAGAUAUAUGAGUAUUUGUUAGUAGCAAGUGAUCAAUUAGGAUUCCGAGACUUCGUCAAAAAUUGAGCCAGACAGAUAAAUUCUAAAGUAAACUUAGUUAAGUUAGGGUAAAGAUAGUUAAGUUCCUCUAAUAACGACUGAAAGUUGUUUAAAUGAUCACAAGCAAGAUAGUUAAGUUCCUCUAAUAACGACUGAGAGUUGUUUAAAUGAUCACAAGCAAGAUAGUUAAGUUCCUCUAAUAACGACUGAGAGUUGUUUAAAUGAUCACAAGCAAGAUAGUUAAGUUCCUCUAAUAACAACUGAGAGUUGUUUAAAUGAUCACAAGCAAGAUAGUUAAGUUCCUCUAAUAACAACUGAGAGUUGUUUAAAUGAUCACAAGCAAGAUAGUUAAGUUCCUCUAAUAACAACUGAGAGUUGUUUAAAUGAUCACAAGCAAGAUAGUUAAGUUCCUCUAAUAACAACUGAGAGUUGUUUAAAUGAUCACAAGCACUCCCCUAGAAUAGUUUUAAAUGUAUUUUAUUGUAAAAAUUUUACUAAAAUUAAACGUGCCAGACUAUGAAGGUAGCAUUUGAUUUCUCACAAUUGACAGAAUAGCAGAUGACUUCAGCUUUGACAAUGCGGUCGUAGAGAAAUUCGGCUGUGAAGUCCAUUCCUUCGACCCGAGGUAAGCCUUUAUAUGUACCUAACCUUUCUCUCGAAUUAUUGGUAUGGAAUUGCCAAAUUUUAAUUCUUUAUCACCCUUCUCUUUGUAUUUACAUUUGUUGAUGGCUACUCUACUUUUGCACAAAAAUUAAUUUGAAUGAAGGGUUUAAAUCCUUGUUUUGUUAACCAUUAAAAAGUCAAUGGAUCAUUAUUUUAAGGACUUACCUAAGAGAAGACUGUACAAAGGCAGACUUUUAUUUGUUUAUAUUUUAAUUUGAUCUACAAGUCUGUACAGAAUAAAGGAUAGUAAAAGCUGUCUCAGUGCAAAUGAGAUUUAAUUAUUUGUAAUGCUCAUUUUAUCAUCCUUCUGUCCCUGUGACGCUACUGCUUGUAAAAGGCUUUUCCCUGUCUCAUCACCACUUCCUUGCAUUCGUCCCUGUGGUGCUACAACUGUGUUGGGGUUUGGCCUGCUUCACCACUUCCUUGCAUUCGUCCCUGUGGUGCUACAACUGUGUUGGGGUUUGGCCUGCUUCACCACUUCCUUGCAUUCGUCCCUGUGGUGCUACAGCUGUGUUGGGGUUUGGCCUGCUUCCGUCCCUGUGGUGCUACAGCUGUGUUGGGGUUUGGCCUGCUUCACCACUUCCUUUCACUCAAACCUUCUAUCCACCCAUCCCUGUGGCGCUGCAGCCCAUGUAGGGCUUUGGACUGCCUCACCACUUCCUUCCACUCAGACAUGACUGAUGCUUUUCUUUUCCAAGCCUGGAUUCCCAGCGAUUGUAGAUUUUUGUCCACAUCAUCCAUCCAUCUAAGCCUUUGAGGCGUUAUCUUCUGUGGUGUUGGUGUGUAUCCUCUUCACUCCUCAGUCAUUUGGCAUUCUUUUUUAGUGGCCCAUCCAGCACAGCCUACCCUUUUUAUUUCUGCUACUAGCAUGGUAUCCUGGUAUAGUCCAUACUAUUUCAAUACAUCAAGCAAUGAUUAUUUUAGAGCAUAUCUUACUACAAAAAAAUACUGAUUAUGGCUCAUCUGCUAAUGUUGUUGAUGCUUUCAGCAUUGAUAUGCAGACCAAGAAGAGAGGGGACAAGAAGUUCUUCUAUAAGUUGGGCAUAGCAGAUUCUGACAGGACCUUGGCCAGUGGAUGGUCUAUGUCAAGAUUUGAAUCUAUACGUGCCAGCCUCAAGCACAUGAAGGUAAGAGUUACCUAAAGUCACUGAUGGAUAUGAGAGCAGGGUCAGGAUAUGAGAGUAGGGUUAGGAUAUGAGAGCAGGGGUUAGGAUAUGAGAGCAGGGUUAGGAUAUGAGAGAAGGGUUAGGAUAUGAGAGCAGGGUUAGGAUAUGAGAGCAGGGUUAGGAUAUGAGAGAAGGGUUAGGAUAUAAGAGUAGGGUUAGGAUAAGAGAGCAGGGUUAGGAUAAUUACAAAGUUUGAUACAAUCAGGGAAAAAAAGUAUUAAUAUUUCUUAUGGCUUACAUAUGAUUGCGCAUAAAUUGACAUGCAAUAAACAAGAUUGAUCCCUUUUUUAACAUAUUAGACAAUUGUUCUUUACGCUACGGAAACCAACCAAACCAUUUGUACUUAACACUAAGGAAACCAACCAAGCCAUUUGUACUUAACACUAAGGAAACCAACCAAGCCAUUUGUACUUAACACUAAGGAAACUAACCAAACCAUUUGUACUUAACACUAAGGAAACCAACCAAGCCAUUUGUACUUAACGCCAGGAAUACCAACCAAUACCGAGGAAAUAUGUGAACCAACUCCUAUUUCCACAUUUGCACAAGCACCAUCGACAUUCCCAACAUUUCAUUUUACACAAACACCAUCGACAUUCCAAACAAUUCAACUUACACAAGCACUAUCAACAUUUCAACUUACACAAACACUAUGGACAUUCUCAACAUUUCAACUUACUCAAGAACCAUGGACAUUCCCAACAUUUCAACUUACAGAGAACUAUCAACAUUCUGAAGCUGGACAUUGAAGAAUGGGAAUGGGAGGUACUACCUGACCUUCUGGCCUCUGACCACCUGAAAUCCGUUGAUCAGCUCCUUAUUGAGCUCCAUCAGUGUCAGGGCUGCUCCAAGUAUGAUCCAUUGCAGGUAACCAAUUUAUUCUGGUGGGGGAGGGGGGGGGGGUGUGCCACGAAGAACAUUUGAAAUUGUUUCAACUACAAAAAUUUAGAGACACUGUUUAAUAUUAUUAAUUCAUGUUUUCUUUUGGCUACAUCUCUACAAAAACAACUGUAUUAUCUUUCUUUUUUUUAAAAUAGAAAUGUUAUAUUGUUUGAUUUAUUUGAUUGAUUUAUUGAUUGGAUGAUAAUGUAGACUUUACACCUCUUUUCAAAUAGGACUUAACCUUUUAAUAAUACCUAGAAUACAAUUAUCUAGCAAAGCUAUAUAAUUUAGCAUAAUAAUACUAACAAUGAUAUCAAUAAUAAUUAAGCAAACAAUUUAUAUUUACAUUGCAUAUGUUGGCCAGGCUUUCUUAACCCGUAGUCUAAUGGAGAUUUUUGGGGGGGAUUCAUGGAAUGAGUUCUCAGAUCAGUGGUCCCCAAAUUUCUUUGCACCAUGGAAUCGUUUUGAGGAAGACAAUUUUUCCAUGGACCAAGGCUUGGUUUGGUUUGAUUCAAGUGCAAAAAAUGCAACGUUCCUAACAGGCCGCAGACUGGUCCCAGUCCACUGCCCGGUGGUGGGGGACCCUUGUCUUAGAUGGUCCAUGACUGGACUGACUUGUAACAUUAAGAAAUGGGGUCAGGCUAAUGCUCUUUAUGCCCUUCCCUAAGCACCCCCACUAAGCCCGGUAUCGGGUCGCAAAGCGGCACGUUGGAGAUGUCUCUUUGCAAGGACAGCCCCCACCCAAGUCUGCUCAAUCUGGUUCUGUUGGGGGAUGCCCCCCAACCCAAAGACACCCGGACAGUCCAACACUGUGUUUGCACACAGUGCACACAAUCAACUUUCUCAAGAGUUGGGAUGGUAAAUUUAUGUCCUAAUAUUUUCCCCCACCCAUCCCGGGGAAGCGUUGGACGCCCUUUAAGAGGUUUUCUACAGUGGGUUUCCACCACGCAACUAACUUGUGAAGGAGCUGGGAUGAAACGGUUGACUUGGAGCAGCUUCUCAGGGCUGCAUAGUAAGAAUCAUCAGCUAGAGGUUACCACCUUUGCCUCUAGCCUCAUAUCCAUUAGCGGCAACUUGUAAUCAUGAUCUCUACCCUGCCUCUGCCUUUACUUCAACAAUUGUGAAUUAUCACAGCUGGCAGCCCUGUAGGUGCUGUUUUAUUUAUGGCCGGUACCGAGCACGUCCCUUGUCGGCCCACACAGGACGCGCCACAGUGGUCUUGUUCCCUGGGUAACGUCAAGGUGGUCGGUGGUCGACGCUCCUUAUUGACAAGCCACCACUUCAACCUUAGCCCCAUGACGGGACUAAACAUUUUUAUUUUCUGUUUUAUGGCUUCAUGGAUAACAAAGGAUUUAACCUAAAGCUGAUUUUUUAUUUUUGUCCAGACAGACAAAGAGCCACCCAGGGAUCAUUACGUCCACAUGCUGGGAAUUCUGAGUCAACUUUACCAACAGAACUUUCGAAUUUUCCAUCACCAUGACAACAGUGCCUGCAGGUAUCUGUCCAAGUUUACCAUGACAGAGUUGUCCGCCUGUGUGGAGAUUGGAUUGGUUAGGAUACCAGCUCAGUGAUUGCCAUGCCUGUUAAGGCUAGAAAAUGAAACAAGCAGUUUGAGCCCAUUAAUGAAAUAUGCAACACUUAUCAAGAAAUUAUUUUUAAAAAGACAAUAAAAACGGUUUAUGUAUUUUUAUGGUUUCCAUUAUGAAAGAGCAAUUUAAAUAAACUCUUCCAGAGGCCAGAAAACGUUAAGACAUUAUAAUGGAUGGAUUAUGAACUAGUCUACGUUUGAUCCAUGAAAAAUUAUCAUGAGUGUCUUGACCUUAAAGAUGAUCACACAUGCCAAACUAAAUGGCACAUUGCUUGACAUCUUUAACUAUUUUUCACUUUAUGUUGGGCUCAUUGCCACCAAAGAUUUUAUUCUUGCUCUUACUGCCAUUUUAGAAAUAUUGUAAAUCUUUGCCAGGCAUCAAAUUUCAUUCUGUUUAUAUCAUAAGUUCUGAUGUGACUUUUUAUUGUAUUUUUGCUGUAAUCCUAUGACUACUGAACUAUUUGCAGAAAGUUGGUUGGGACUUUGGAUAUUUUGUCGGACUGACAUGAAACAGUAUUCUUAUGCAGCACAGAGCUGUUAAAUACCAGAAUUAUUUUAAACUGUUGAAAUCUUC